GUGGUUUGCUGUGUAGACAGAAGCAAUGAAUUCUCCAAGGCAGUCUAGAACACAAGUUGAUUUGAGAGAUAUAGGUUUAAGUGACGACUGUGACGGAAGUGACAGCUCAUCUUUUGAAAGACCCCCUUCAAACCGUGUCUCUGGAGGCAAGACGAAGACGUCUGGAACCUAUGAUAUGAGUGGUCGAAGCCUUCCCUCUCGAGAUCCGUGGUUAAAAGGAAACAACAAAAGAGAGUCGUUGGGUCUCAGGCCAGAAAAGACAAGAACUUUCGGUGGUCUAUCAGAUAGUGACUCCCUCGAAGACUUUUCGUCCGAAGAAGAACAGGAUGCUGAAGGAAGUUCAGGGGAAAGUGAAGAAGAAUAUAUCUUAAGGCCUUCUAGAGCUGUUGUUUCAAGAAAGAGGAAGAGGUCACCUCCUGUCUAUUCGAAAGAACCUAGUAAACCCCGGAAAGCUGCUGGAACAAGCCAGAAGAAAGCCAACGGAAAGAAUAAUGGCGUAAAAAGUGGGAACGAAAGGAAAGCAAGUGGAGGAAAGAGCCAACGUUUUCAGAGCAGCUCUAGUUGGUCUUCUGGAAAGAGAGGUGGCUCAAUAAACAACUCGGUUGAUGAAUUUUUGAGUUCUUCAGAGAGCGAAUACUUUGAAGAUGAACAAACUUCGUCGUGGUAUGAAUCAGAAGCUGGUGAGUUAUCUGGACCUGUAAUGGAGAAGAUAGUAGCGAUGAAAAUUGUUCGAGUUCCAUUAAAAGAUACCUCAAACUCAGUAUCUACCUUCUCGCAGCGAGAUAGUGACAUGAUUAAUACAUCUCCCAGAAAACAUUCAUUCCCAAGAGAGGAUUUUGGAAACUACAAAGAAGAGACGCAGUACUUAAUAAAAUGGAAAAAUCGCUCGUAUAUACAUUGUGACUGGGUCACAGAAGAUUUUAUACUGAGUCAGCCUCAGGGUAAAGGACGUUUGCAGAGAUUCCGGAAAAAUUUUGAAAUGAAUGCUUGGAAAAGAGGAGAUGAUGAUCUUAGAGAUGAUGCCGAUCCUAUUCCAGAGGAAUGGUCAAAAUGGACUACUGUAGACCGUAUCUUAGCAGAACAUCUUGCCGAUGACGGCGUAAAAGAGUUCCUUGUCAAGUGGUGUGCUCUGCCAUAUAGUGAGAGUACUUGGGAAACCGAAGAUGACAUCCGAGACUAUUCUAAGAUUCAAGAAUUCUACCAAAGGAAUAAGAAACCCAGUCUCGACUUGCUUCGUGGCUCUACUAAAAUUCGAAAACCUUCAAACUUUGACUACACUCAAGUUUCAUUUAAAAAUGGUGGCUAUUUGAGAGAAUACCAAAUGGAAGGUCUGAAAUGGCUAGUUUCAUGUUGGUGCAAGUAUCAAGGCAGUAUUCUUGCAGAUGAAAUGGGAUUGGGAAAAACACUACAGACUGUCGCGUUUCUUCAAUACUUGUACAUACGAGAACGUAUCCGAGGACCAUUUUUGAUUAUUGCGCCUUUAAGCACAGUUGAACAUUGGAAGAGGGAGUUCGAGUCAUGGACGGACAUGAACGUUGUAGUCUAUCACGGCAACAGUGAAAGCCGUUCAAUUAUUCAUCAGUAUGAAUGGGGGUUUUCAGACAAUCCCAAGGGUCCACCUUACAAGUUUGUUGCAAUUGUUACAACUUAUGAGAGUAUAAUACUAGAUCCAGGAAAGCUGCGCAGUAUUGAAUGGGAAGUCAUGGUAGUGGAUGAGGCUCAUAGACUCAAAAAUCGCCAGGCAAAGCUCGUAGAAGAACUGCGUGCCUUUUCGACAAAACACCGAAUUUUGCUUACGGGUACUCCAAUUCAGAAUAGCUCUGCUGAAGUCUGGGCGUUGCUGAAUUUCCUAGAACCUUCCAAGUUUUCAGACGAAUCUUCGUUUUUAAGUAAAUUUGCUGAAAUUAGCGACUCUGAAACCGCUGAAAAGUUUCGAGAAAUGCUCCGACCUUAUAUGUUACGGAGGCAAAAAGAGGAUGUCGAGAAGUCUAUUCCUCCGAAAGAAGAAACUAUUAUUUCUGUCGAACUGACGAGAACCCAGAAAAAAUGGUAUAGAGCGACAUUAGAGCAGAAUUUUAGUUUUUUGGAGAAAGGUGCGAAGUCAAGUAAUGUCGGAAAUUUACAUAAUAUCUUUAUGGAGUUGCGAAAAUGUUGUAACCACCCAUACCUUAUUAAAGGCGUAGAAAUCAUUGAAACACAACAUCUUCGAUCCACUGACGACGAAUCUCUCAUGCAACAUCUUAUCGAAGCUAGUGGUAAAUUGGUCUUGGUGGAUAAGCUACUUCCAAAACUUCGAGAGUCAGGACAUAAAGUACUUAUUUUUUCCCAAAUGAUACGUGUCUUGGACAUUUUGGAAGACUAUUUGUCGUGGAGAAGAUGGGGUUAUGAAAGGAUAGAUGGACGAGUACGUGGAAUUGAUAGACAACAAGCAAUUGAUCGAUUCUGCAAUCCUGCAUCAGACAAAUUUGUUUUUCUUCUGUGUACGAGAGCUGGUGGCCAAGGAAUUAACUUGACUGCAGCAGACACUGUUAUUAUUUUUGACUCAGAUUGGAAUCCUCAGAAUGACAUACAAGCGCAAGCACGUUGUCAUCGUAUCGGACAAGAAAAGGAUGUCAAGGUUUACAGACUUGUCACCAGAGGCACUUAUGAGGAAGAUAUGUUUGAACGUGCUAGUAAGAAGCUCGGCUUGGAUCAGGCUAUUUUGCAGGAUAUGGGAUUCGAAGAAGCAAACAAGAAGAAGGAAAAAGACUCUGUGGCAGACAUAAAGAAGGAGGAAAUUGAUCGACUUUUAAAAAAGGGUGCAUAUGCAGUUUUGAACGAUGAUGAUACCGCAGCGGACGCAUUUACUGCAGAAGAUAUUGAUCAGAUUCUGCAACGUAGAACGAGACUUCUUAAGGUCGGUGGAGACCAGCCACAUGCACCUUCCGCAUUUUCUAAGGCAUCAUUCGCGAGUGAAGCACCAGAAGCUGGUAGGGAGGAGUUAGAUUUGAGUGACCCUCAGUUUUGGCAGAAACUCAUGCCAUCUGCUGCAGAGAAACCAAUUCUUGAAGCAUUAGAUGAUGGACAGCCAAGAACGCGUAGGCAAGUUCAAAGAUAUACAAUGGGAGAAGAUGCAUCGUCAGAGGAACAAGAAGAGGAAAGUAGCGACGAUGUCGGAUAUAGCGCAUCAGGUUCUGGUGGAAGAAAACGUUUCAACAAGGGAGAUCGUGUUCGAAUCCAGCGAGCACUUUUGGCUCAUGGUUGGGGACGUUGGGAAGUCAUUCGCAAGCACGCGGGUUUACAAGAAAGAAGAACAUUAAAUGAUAUCUCCCGAUACGUGCGAACCUUUGUGAGAUUGUUGACCAAAUAUGGUGCAGAAUAUGCUGGUGUCAGCGUAGGCGAAGUGAUUAGAAAGUUCACGGCUUCGCAAGAAGCUUUUAAACCCCUUGAAUACGUUCCAGAGGAGCCCUUGGGAGCAGAAGAGCGAAACACAUUCCUUGAAAGUCAUAAUCAAAACUUGGACAGUUUUCAGACAAAUGAAAACCGGUCCUCCCAUUCAGUGCUGGAAGAAGGCAAGGAAGAAGAGCCUUCAAGGAAUAGAUCAAAUAGUGAUAAUGACAUAGUUAAGACAAGCGAAGAUUGCAAAGUUGCGGCAAAAUCUCCUGAAGAAAUUUUAGAAGAAGAAUUUAAGAAUUUAGAACCAGUUUUAGCUGAUCCAGAGUAUCAGAGCUACUUGCAGAAGAUUGCAUGGAGCAACUUGGAACGUAUACAGCUUAUUGAGGACAUCCGGGUUUUAGUGGAAAAAGGUCUUUUAGAAAGUAAUCAAACGGUCCCACAACUCGGUACUUCAGGUGUCCAUCACGUUGGCUCUUGGUGGACAAGUCAGUUUGAUCGAGACCUCAUUCGGGGAACUUACAAACAUGGUUUCGGUCAAUAUCGAGCAAUCAAGAAAGAUCCAGAGCUUAUUUUUUCAAGAGUCAUACCAUUGACAAUUGAGGAAGAAGAGUCGAUGGACACAGACAAUAUGGUUUGCGUUCCUCUUCCUCAAUUUAACUAUGAAAAGGAAACAAGAAAUGAGAGCGGUGAUACAGCGACCAAGGUCCAAGUCGAGAAUGUAUCAACGAAAGCGGAGAAGUCUGCUGAAAGCAUUAGCGCAAACGAAGAUGAAAAUUGGAAUAUUGAUGAAGAGAUGGAGCUUCCUUACUGGCCUACUGUGCAAGUUCUAAAUGCAAGAGUGAAGAAGCUUGUCAGAGCAUAUUAUAGAAUGCUUAAACGUUUGGAGCGUCAGAAGCAACAAGAAGAAGAAGUUGAAAGGCAGCGACAACUGAGAAUGGAUAGAAAUUUUGUAAAACCAGGUCACGUUGGAACCGGAGAACGUACUCGGUACCUGAAAUGUGUUCCUGUUUGGUCGAAAAAGGAAAAGGCAGAUUUUGCAAAGUUGUACUUUAAUAUAGGUGCGCCUCCAUUGAGUACCCCGGAGAUUUCCUGUUGGCAACUUGUUCGUAGAAGAGCCGGUCUCACCAGAAAGACUCCUGAAGUAGUGGAACAAUAUGCGAAAGAGUUUAGUACUAUGUGCGGUCAAGUGCUGGUACAGGCAGGUGAUGACGAAGGUCGCAUCUUAAAUUGUUUGGAUAUACCUGCAACAGAGCUUUCAGGAAAAUUUUCACCACAGGAACUCGAAGACGCAAGAAUGACUCUUGUGAGUGCUCGAAAGUUUAAAGAGAGGCGAAAGUUAGUAUUUGCUAUUCGUGAUGCGCUUGUGCCCAAGUUGGCAGACCAACCUUUCAUAAAUGCCAUUGUUCAGUGUCUCUCUGAGUCAAGACAUGACUUGCAGCCGUGGUGGAACACGGAACUUGACGUUGCUCUUGCAAAGGGGGUUGCGAAACAUGCAUUUGACCUAAGGAUGAUAGUUGAAGACCCCAGUUUGAUACUGAAGGAGGUACUUUCGGAAGUGUAUAUUGAUGAACAGCAAAAGAAGGCAUCUGAAGGGGAUAAUAGUUUUGCUCUUCCGAGAAGUGUUGAAGAAGUGACAGAAGAACAGAGAUUGAGUGUCGUCCCAAAGGAGAGAUCUCUAAUUACGCGCUUAUGGUUCAUGGUAGAACUUGCAUCCUCUGCACAUCCAAUGGAUCAAGAACACUUGGGUAACCGUCAUCGCUCUGGCGCAAGAGCGGUGACUGUCACCGUUGAUAAGCGUACAGUGGAGCUUGUUCGAUUCUCUCCUGGUGGACCUAUUGGAGGAGUCAUACCCCACGGAUUUUCCAGGGCUCCUUUGGAGAAACUUACAAGAAAGCUUUUAAGAGAUCUGAAGAAUCGUAAAAAGACCUCAGAGUCAAGUGUAUUAGAUAUUACUAUUGGUGAAUGGUUAACAGAGAAGGACGAAAUUACUGCGACAGUCAAAGUUCAAGACUUACAACCUUUGCAUAAUCCAGUGGAGCAGCAUUCAACUCCAGUAGAUACGGGCUUGAAGGUAAACGACGCAAAUUCCGUUAUUGCUAUGGAUAUUUCAAAGACACCAGUACUGUCCAGUCCAGAAGGUAAAAGUAAUUCUCAUUACAGCUCUUCAAGAUCAGUUAAAGAAGAGAAACCACGACAAUCGAAACUUCACACAAUACCCAGAUCUGAGGAUGGUUCGUUUGUAAUGCCAAUACGAAUGGGUGUGUUGACAAUCGAGUCGUUGGGUUAUAUUGAACCGUAUCGCAAAGGUUUUCACAACGAAAGAGCAAUAUAUCCGAUUGGUUUUCGUUCCAGACGUCAUUUUACAUCAAUGGCAGAUGUUGAAAAACAAUGUGACUAUAUAUGUGAAAUAGUUGAUUCAGGAGAGGAUUAUCCUUUAUUUCGAGUAACUUGUGAAGACUUACCAGACCACAUCUUUGAAGAAACCUCUGCAUCUGGUUGUUGGUGCCGAAUUCUAAAAGUUAUCAGAGAACGAACUCCAGAAGAGCGUCGACGUUCGCAUGUUUCAGUUUCUGGUCCUGAAUACUUUGGCUUUGUGAACCCUCUCGUCUUAGAAAUGAUACAAGAACUACCCAAUGCGGAUUUGUGUGAAAGAUACAAGAAGAGAAUAUUUCUACCACCAGGUACCAUGAAAAAACAACGCACAGGCGUUUCAUUAUCGAGUGACCAUGAUUCGCGGGAUUUAUCCGACUCAAAGGACUCGACAUCUCCUGUUUCCUAAGUCUUUUGUAUGUUUUGUUGUAGUUGCGUACAAAAGAAUUUUGCUAUUGGUCUAGGAGAGAUGUUGGGAGUUGCUUAUGGCUUGGAUUUCGACUUUUCUUUGCAACAAUGUAAAUGACGGCGUUCGGUCAUCGAUUUUUCU